AUGGCGCUUGGACCAGUUGUUAUUCCCGCUCUAAAGGGCCCUGCUAAGGGGGCCAUGAUCAUUGUUCACGGAUUAGGAGAUUCUGGCGAAGGCUGGAGGUUCUUUGGUGAACUUUUUGGUCGCUACUUCCCCGAUGUCACAACAAUUCUGCCAAACGCUCCGGAGAUGCCAGUCACCGUAAACGGUGGUUAUGUCAUGCGCAGUUGGUUCGAUAUCUAUGAGUUUGGUAACCCAAAGGCCAAACAGGAUGCAGAUGGAAUUCUGAAAAGUGCACGCGUUCUACAGGAUCUGGUCAAAGAACAGGUUUCUAAGGGAAUUGACCCAUCCAAGAUCGUUCUUGGCGGGUUCUCUCAAGGAGCAAGUAUAUCUCUGAUUGCCGCUAGUACACUGGAUAUUAAGAUUGGUGGAGUCAUAGCAAUGAGUGGAUUUAUCUCAAUCCCCAAGGAAGUCACACCUUUGAUUACAUCUGCCAACAAAAGUACCCCGUUUUUCCAAGGACAUGGAACGGCAGACCCGGUGAUUCAAUUCACUUACGGUGAACAAUGCAGAGAUUUCUUCAAGUCUCAUGGAUUCACCAACUACCAGUUUCACUCAUAUGAAGGUAUGCAACAUUCUACCUCUGACGAGGAGCUACGCCAUAUCUAUCAGUUUCUGUCCAAAGCAUACUCCUAA